UUCUAUCCUUCUCCUUUCCUUCUGUCGUUUUUUCUUCCCUUUUGCUUCCGGAAGAGACGGCGCAGCGGGAGGAGUGGAAGGGAAUGCCUCGAUCUCCUUUUUGCAUGCGGAGUUGAUAGCGCCGACGUGCGGGAUAGGGCCUCGUGCUUGCGGACCUGUACGGACGCGGGGAGGCAGAGAAAUGGCGGCGAUGGGCACACUGGACGAGCUCUUGGCCGCGGCGAGCAGAGCUUGCUGCAACCCCUUUGCCAUCUUCAUCCAGAUCCAGGGUUGCGUAAUCUGCUUAACCCUGGCCCUUGGAUGGGGUUUUGCUGCCCAUGCCAGGAAUAGAGCCAUAUGUAGAAUGAAGCGUACUAUCACUAAUGGCAAUGGUUUUGCAUUCCUAUGCGAAGAUAUUAAUGAUCUUGAGCACUCUGCUCAGGUGAAGUUGCCUAGAGUCUCAGUUAUCAUGCCUUUGAAAGGCUUUGGAGAACAUAACUUGCAGAAUUGGAGAAGUCAAAUCACUUCACUUUAUGGAGGACCCCUUGAGUUUCUUUUCAUUGUUGAAAGUACUGAUGACCCAGCUUACCAUGCAGUGUCUACCCUCAUUUCUGAAUUUCAGGAUUCUAUUGAUGCAAAGAUUGUUGUAGCUGGUCUAUCUACAACAUGCAGUCAGAAGAUUCAUAAUCAGUUAAUUGGUGUAGAAAGGAUGCACAGAGAAAGCAAGUAUGUUUUGUUUCUAGAUGAUGAUGUUAGGCUUCAUCCGGGGUCAAUAGGAGCACUUACAGCUGAAAUGGAGAAACAUCCUGAGAUUUUCAUUCAAACAGGAUAUCCUCUUGAUUUGCCCUCAGGAAGCUUAGGUAGUUACUGCAUUUAUGAAUACCACAUGCCUUGCUCUAUGGGAUUUGCAACUGGUGGGAAAACUUUCUUUUUAUGGGGAGGCUGCAUGAUGAUGCAUGCUGAAGAUUUUAGGAAAGACUUGUAUGGAAUUGUUAGCGGUCUUCGAGAUGGUGGAUACUCAGAUGACAUGACACUUGCAGCUAUUGCUGGUCAAUAUAAGAGACUUAUCUGGUCACCACCAGUUGCAGUCUUUCCUCACCCUCUUGCAAGUGACCUUAGCUUCUCAAGAUACUGGAAUUACCUAAGGAAGCAAACUUUUGUUCUUGAAUCCUACAUAUCGAGGGUUAACUGGUUGAUGAACCGGGCUUUGUUUUCUACACAUUGUUAUUUGUCAUGGGGAUUUGCAUGGCCAUAUUUUAUGGCACUGAUACAUCUUCUGACAGCGAUAAGAGCACCAUAUAACGGUUCUAUCUUCGAAGCAUCUGCCUCAUCUUGUGGCUCUUUGCUCGCUACCUGCUUGCUUGUUUCUACUGUGAUAGAACUCCUUUCAAUGUGGAACUUGACUAAGGUGGAAAUUCAGCUGUGCAACAUGCUGUCUCCAGAAGCACCAACUGUCUCACUUGGUUCUUAUAACUGGGGUUUGGUGUUUGUUGCCAUGGUUGUGGACAACUUCCUGUACCCCAUUUCAGCAUUCCGAUCACAUUUCUCGCAGUAUAUAAAUUGGUCUGGUGUUCGGUACCACUUGAAGAAUGGGAAAAUAAGAAAGAUUGAAAGACCCUUGGUAAAUCAACCUAUGUACACUGAUCUUGCAUGGAAGCAUCUAAAUGGAAAAAGGCAGCCGCUUCCCAAAUCCUCAUUCAUCAGCUCUCUGACAAGAAGAAUCCUUCAUUGGCGCCAACCAAAGAAGUAUGACAACUAGCAUUCCAAUUUGCAGCAAGUAGAGGAUCAUUAAAAUUUCAUUCCAUUUCAUGCAUUACACCAUUUUUUUUAUUUAAGAUACAAAUUGUUGAUUCUUAUGGUGUUUUGAGUUGCCACCCUGUAAUUUUGUAAUUAAUUGUAGUUGGCAUGUAACAUUAUAGAAACAAACAUUUCAUCAUGGCGAAGCAUGUAUUUUUUUUUU